CACAACCGCCAAAACUAAGGAAUGGAAGGAAUCAGAGCCAUGUGCCAUGUGUUGUUGGAAGGGGCGGCGGCAGCAGCAGCAAGUAGGGCACGUUGUGUCUUCUUGUCUCUGUCAUGGGGUGGAAUCCUGUGAGGUGAGGGGUCGUCGGCCUGAUUCACGGAAUCGGAGAUGGCAUGCCAAUUACCUUUCCGGGAUCAUCCUGAACCCUUCCAGCUUGCUGUCUGCUGUUUCCUCUGCCCUCAUCCUGCAUAACUUUCAGGACUUCAAUAUGACAGUAACCUUGUUGAUACCAUGUCUUGGCUUAUGGCGAGGAGAGAACUGGGGGUUGAACCGAGCAGAAGCGUCAUGAACGGGGCGACAAUCUCAAUCUCGAAGGGAAGGGAGAUCGAUUUGCACUUGGCUCCGG